AUGGGCCGCAGCGCAUUACACCUGGCCAUCGACAGCGAGAAGUUGGACGUAAUCGAGAUCCUGCUAGACAAUGUCAACUUCAAUUGCAUUGAGGAAUCCCUGCUGCAUGCUAUCAGCAAGGGAGGGACGAAAAUUGUCAAGAUCAUCAUUGAACACCCGACUUUCAUGGCUGGGGAGAACAAGCUGCGCAAGAUGGACGGCGGCGAGGCCUUUUUCAGAACAGAGGAAAAAAGCCAAUUCCCGCCGGACAUAACUCCUCUCAUCUUGGCAGCGCACUACAACAAUCACGAAAUCAUCCAAAUGUUUCUGUCACGGAAUCACACCAUCGAAAAGCCGCACCCAAUUUCAUGCAAGUGUACCGGAUGUGUCACCAAGCAGAACUACGAUUCGCUGAAGCGAUCGCGUUCCCGCCUGAACGCUUACCGGGCCCUCGCCAGCCCAGCCUACAUGGCACUUUCCAGUCCAGACCCCAUCAUGACGACAUUUGAACUGAGACAAGAAAUGCAAAAACUUGCAGAAGUCGAAAAAGAGUUCAAGAAUGAGUAUUUGGGUUUGGUCGAGCAGUGUAUGGAUUUUGCCUGUGAGUUAAUGGAUUUAUGCCGUGGCACCCAAGAGGUGGAAGCAGUGCUGAGUGGCGGCUGGGGUGACUCCAGUUUCAGGGACCCUUUAGCAAGGCUCAAGAUGGCGCUGAGAUAUGAAGAGAAAAAGUUUGUAGCACAUCCCAACUGCCAACAACACAUGACGAGUAUUUGGUAUGGAUCGGAAAUGGGAUUCCUUCAGUCCUUAAAUUGGUGGCGGAAGCUUCUCUUUGGCAUUAUAUAUAUUCCUUUUGUGCCAUUCUUUUGUGCAGCUUAUAUUAUAGCCCCAAACAGUAAGGCGAGUGCCGUCAUGAGAUGUCCGGUGAUCAAAUUUGUUACGCACACGGCCUCUCAUAUAUGUUUUUUAAUUCUGUUAGCUGCCGCAACUUUCCGACUCACCGAAAAUGCUAUCCACAUUAGUUCAACAGAUGAACUGAACUCGGCCCAACAUAAGAACAUGCCCCCCGACGAGCGUACGCACAGUCUACUUAAAGAGACCCUACGACCGGCAAACACUCUGCUUACCCAUGUGCAGAUUUGUAUCGUGUUUUGGAUAUUAGGUGGGUAA